AGGUCUGAGAGGGCGAUAGAAGCGAAUGGAAUGACAACAGGGCGCAAAUAGAAACUCCAUUCCACCAAAUGCAUAACCUUCUGUUCCCGUGCGCGCGCACAGAAGAGAGUUAAACAGGAGAGAGCGCGCAGGAGAGCGAGUCCUGACGCAGUGUGAAACGCAGGAACUGAGUGGGGAGAGAGGAGGAGGAGAGAGGAAGCAGGCAGCGGUGAGCAGACAGCACAUCACACCAGGCGCCGUUUUGAAUUCCAAAAAAUCCUGGGAUCGGACGCUGCUCCACAGCCGCUGUGACCGCCGCGCGGAUCCCGGUCACAGCUCCUGUCAGGGGCGACAGCAGAGCGCAGGGGCGCAUCAGUAACGGACAGACUGAAACAGAAAAGAGGAGGCAGCGAGCGGACCGAUGUGUGGAGGAGCACCGUCUUCUUCUAUGCUGGCAUCUGGAUCAGCUUCCACUGGAGAAAAUGACACAGCAGUUCUAAAAGGACAAACAUUUAGAGAGGAUUCCCUCUGAAGAACCUGAAACAGUUCUCCCGGAAGCACAAAAAGUGAUGUGACAGUGAAGACCUCCAUCUGGAAAGGGCUGAGUGAAGCAGUGAAGAGGAAUCCCUGUCUGUAUCACAAACACAUCAAAAGCGAGAUGUGGACGGCCCCAGAGGACACGGAUGCCAGACAAACCGGGACAGCUUCGCCUUGACUGUUUAGACCUACAGAAAGAAAUUAAACUUCUUAAUCAGAUUACUAACAUGAUUCAACCAAAGCACAAACUGCCAAUGAAGUGACGCAUCUCAGUAACACUCUAAAUUUCACUUCAACGUGUUACAAAGCACAGAGGGAGCAAUGAUGUUGGCAAUGCGUUGUCCAAAACAGUUACAACAAGAGAAGCCGGAAAAAUAAAAGUUGUCAUAUCCUAAAGUAUUGCUAUAUAUACGCAAGCCCUAAGGACAUUUUUGAUGGCUAAAGCCAGUAUGAAUAAAUGUUAGAUGGCAAGCGUUUCCGCUCGGCAUUCUCUAAUGGCAACAGCAAUGACAUCCCAAAUGGCCCAGAGUACGGGAAGGCAAAGACACUGCACGGCUGGAGGUUCUUCAUCAGGGAUCUUAUCCACAGCCUGCCCCUUUCUCUGUUGGCUUGCCCUGCUGUCAGUGUUUCGGUUGCCAGUAGCAACAGCUGAGUGCUGGCUUAUCGAAGGGGAGAAAGGCUUUGUGUGGCUGGCUAUUUGCAGUAUGAACCAGCCUCCUUAUGAAGCCAUACCUUCCCACAUCAACAGCACCAUUGUAGACUUGAGGCUAAAUGAGAACAAGAUACGGUCAAUCCAUUAUUCCUCACUCAGUCGCUUUGGUAAUCUUACAUAUCUGAACCUGACCAAGAAUGAUAUCAGUUAUGUGGAAGAUGGAGCCUUCUCAGCACUGUUCAACCUCCAGGUUCUCCAGAUGGGUUUUAACAAGUUGAGGAACCUGACAGAGGGGAUGCUGCGGGGCCUGGGCAAACUGCAGUAUCUCUACUUGCAAGCCAACGUCAUUGAAACCGUUACACCCAACACCUUCUGGGAAUGUCCCAACAUAGAGAACAUAGACCUUUCGAUGAACAGGAUCCAGAUGUUGGAUGGAAGCUUGUUCUCUGGACUCUCUAAGCUGACCACCUGUGAACUUUACACAAACCCUUUCAACUGCUCCUGUGAGCUGCUGGCGUUCCUGCGCUGGCUCGCAGCCUUCCCCAACAGGACCACUGAGAGGAUGGUGUGCGACUCCCCUCCUGGAUUCUCUGGCUACAACCUGCUGAGCCAAAAUCCUCGCAUGCCUACUCAGCGGAACGCUCUGCACGUGCUCAGUCUGGUGUGCACGGAUGAUGGCAGCAGCGUGACACCCUUCUACAUCCUUGACUCCACGACCAUGUCACCUGACUGCGGAUUGGACGACUGUGCCUCUGGGAUUCCUCCUGAAGAUGUGACAAACCCGAGCCCCACCUCCUCUGACCCCAAGCUGAGAAUGAGGGUUAAAUAUGUGCAGCACUCGAGUGCCGUGAUUACCGUUGAGAUUCCUCAUCCUUACAAGAAAAUGUACAUCCUGAUGCUUUAUAACAACAGCUUCUUCACGGACAUCCAGAAUCUGAAAAAACAAAUAGAAGACGUAGAGCUGAAAGAUUUGAAACCCAACACCAACUACACAUACUGUGUGGCUUCUAUAAGAAACUCUCUACGGUUCAACCACACUUGUUUGAUCGUCUCAACUGGACGCAGAGAGGGAGCUGAGCACCUUCCCAACCAGUUUUCGGCCACCCACUACAUCAUGACCAUUGUAGGCUGUCUGUUUGGCAUGCUGCUCUUCCUCGGCCUUAUUGUCCAUGGCCUGAGAAAGAGGAAGAAGAUGGAGGAGAAAGAGAAGAAAAUGAGCAGGAUCCAGCGGACUCUGAAAGAGCUCAAGUAUGGUGGAGAAGGGGAUAUAGAGGGGGGGAGCGGAGAAUGCGUUUCCCAGAACCUUGCUGGAGGGGACAGCAUGUCCAGAAUGCCCUACCUGCCUCAGGGUGCAGAAAUAGAUCCCUACAAGCUGCAGGAGGUGAAAGAAACACCGGGACACAAGUCUGCUAAGCUGAACUACAUGGAUGUCAGAAGCCCAGGCAUCGAAAGGGAGAUAUCCCCCCAGGAGAACCCCCAGGGCUCAGUGGCAGAGAUCUCUACAAUCGCUAAAGAAGUGGACAAAGUUAACCAGAUCAUCAACAACUGCAUCGAUGCUCUGAAGUCUGAGUCCACCUCCUUUCAGCAGGGAAUCAAAUCCCCCUCCUCUUCAGGUGGGGGUGCCGUUUCAACUGCAGAGCCACAAUUGGUGCUUCUGUCCGAGCAAGGAGAAAGGGGAGAACGUGGUGGGGAGUUCCUCUCCCCUGUGUAUAAGGGAGGAAGAGGCGGGAAAGAUGAGAGGGGGAGGAGUUACCAUCACUCACUGCAGAGGCACCACAGCAUAGAAGCUCCGCCAACGUCUAAGAGACCAAGCACCUCCUCUUCUCCGGGCUCUGCAAGGAGCCCUCGCUCCUUCCGCUCAGAGGGGGGUUACCACUCGUCAGAGUCCCGGUAUAUUGAGAGAGCCUCACCUGGAGAAAGAGGAGAAAGAGGGGAAAGAGGAGGUGGAGACUGCAUCCGUACAAUUACCCCGGCCGCGGUUAUCCUGAGAGCUGAAGCACAGAGAAUCCGCCAGUAUAACGAGCACCGGCACUCCUAUCCCGGCUCCCAGCAGCACUUCCAGGAGCUCCAGCAUCACCCCCAGAUCCUGCAGGAACUCCACCACCAGUCAGGAGCCCGCAAGCCGUCCAUGCUGGACCCCCUCACCCUCAGCAGGCAGGCUAAGCAGCGUGAGUUGGCCUACUCCCAGCUCUCACCACAUUACCCACUCUCUCCCGAGUACCACAACCUCAGCUACUGCUCCAGCACUGAGGAAGACGAGGAGGAGGAAGGGCUCCUCUGUACCCCGACCCUGGGACUCUGGGAGAGGUUCAAAUCUCACCGGAAGAGGCACCGACAAUCCUCCAUGGAGGACGAAGGAUAUGUGGCAGCCGGACACGCGCUGAGGCGAAAGGUUCAGUUUGCCAAGGAUGAAGACCUUCAUGACAUACUGGACUACUGGAAGGGCGUGUCUGCCCAGCAGAAGGCCUGAUGCCACACAGGGAGAAGACAAACAACACGGAAGGAAACACACAAUCACACCACACUGAUCAAUCCUCACACACACGGACCUUUUUGCCGCAAAGACAUGUAAAUACUGACACACAAACACACUUUACAGAAAGCCUUUUCCUCCCAGAAUGUGGAUGAGGACCAAACUUAGAUUAUCUUGAACAACACUUAUAGUUCCUUUUUGUAAUAUAAUAUGAAAUAUAGCUCAGACCUAUGUAGCUAUUUGUACUAAGUUUUAAACGAAAACCAGACAAAUUUAGGAGAAAACUGUAAACGUUGUCAGGGAAACUCGUCCUGAAGCUCGGUGAUGUUUUCUAUCUACCCUGAGCUCUUCAAACGUGGGUCAUGAGGUGGGGCCAGCGAGGAAGACAAAGAGGAAGAGGGUCAGGUUCUGGUUGGAUCGCGUCCUGCGAUUCAGCUGAGCAGCAGAUUUUGAAGAACCUAAUGUGAAUUGGGAGAUAGAAACCAUCAGGAGGACAGAUUUCGGAUGGCUCCCCAGACAACAGCAUUAUUUAACUGUGCUGAGAAGAGUAGGUAGUUCUCACCAGAGAGUGAGUAUUAUGUGCCAAAUCAACCAAGGGGAUAGUAGAGCCCUACUGUGUACCAACUUUUCCUCACCAUUGUUUUUAUAAACCAAUUUCGAAAAGAAAAAAAGAACAAACAACGAUAAUAUAUUGUUAUUUAUAUUCAUUAUUCUCAUUACUGGUCUUCUUCUUAUUAUUCCUCCUCAUUAAUAUUUUGUUGUUUCGAUGCGGCAUGGCUCUGUUGUGUAAUUUUUUUGACCGUUUCGAUGAACGGAGAAAAAUUGUAACAUUUAAAGUGACUUUGGGUUCCUCUUGCUUCACUAGGAGGAGAGCGCUCCUCCGUUGAGCCAAAACCAGCCGGCCCUUCUCCUCAUUCUGAUCCACUCUGUACAGAUGGGAGAGAAGUUCUAUAUUUGCAACAGAGGCGACUGUUUUCUUUGUACAACCAUUUGAAACCUGACUUCUCAAAAGAGUUACACACUGACAUCAUUCUUUUAUUUUAUUUUUUGGAAAAUGACACUUCUGAACUUCUACUGAAUGUCUUCAAUUCCCACAGGGAAAGCAUAACUGCACUGUUUGAAAUCAAAAAAGCAACUUUUGGGAAAAAAGUGAACUUUUUUUUUUGGCUUCUUAUCUAACACAUGUAGCUCUGUAGUAUUUUUUUGUUGUCCUCUUUUUUCUUUUUGGACUCCUCUAGUUCCACCCUGCCAGCCUGAAAUCACAUUUGAAUUGAUUUAAACUCUCACUGCAGGCAGACCGCCACUUGUUUGCAUCCGUUCACACCAUUUUGCCAAACAGCGAUUUGCACAACGUGAUCCACCAUCACAGGCUGUCCAAUCAUAUCUAAGACCAAAAUACUGUGGAUAUUUAAAUUGACACUUCCAGCCUCCAAACAGGACCCAAGUGUAGACCCACCAGAACCCAUCAAAGUGUCCACAGCGGCACGAGUGUGUGUGCAGACACUCACGGAGCCACAAACAGAUGAAUGUAUUCUUUGAUAAGUUAGCUCCGCUUUGCAGCUGUGGUUUAUUUAAUUUUUUUUUUGUCUUUUGACACCCAGCAGAUGGCCACUUGUGAUUCAAACCCACAGAUGAGUAAAAGGACUACUGGCUCUCUAGAAGAUGAUUUAUGAGCAGAGUGAUGUUUGCUUGUCAGGAAGACCAAAACUGUCCCCCAACCAUCUGUCGGAGGAAUGCCCUGGGGAUUUUAGAGAAGAAGUGCAAUGAUAAAAAUGUGAUUAGUUUCACUUUUGAGGUGAAAAACUACUAUGUGUACGAUAUCUUAAAUGUAUGUAGGAUUUAAAUACUGGAGGUGUAAAGAUCAGAUCAUCUGCUCAUGUAGAGAAGAAUAUUCUCCACAGAACUGUGCAACAAGUUUGGUGAGAACUUUAGCAAACCAGGGGUGGAAACAGAAUUUUAGCUGGUUUUGUGUUUAACAGGACUACUAUUGAAAGUGACUGUACAAUACUUAAACAAAGACAGAUGCUGAUCAUGUCUACUUUGCUUUGUGAUUUGAAAUAGAGGUAAAAAAAAAAGGGUGAAUGGAAACUGUAAAAAAAAAAAUUUUUCUGGCUUAUGAUUCAUUUUUAUUUUAUUGUUCUUUUUCUUUUUUUUGCUAUAAACUAAUCUAUAAAGUUCUAGUCAUUAUUCUGCCUAAAGUCACAAUCGUGGGUUGGUAAUACAUUUUUUUGUGGUAUUAAAAAUAUUAUUUUAGAUGGUUUGCUUUUUUUCACGUCUGUUGUGGCAGCAAACAACCCAGAUCAAAUCAAAAAAGAGUAAAAAAAAUGAAAAACUGUGGUGAUAUAUGCUCCAGAUUGUGGCUUUAACUUUACAACAGCCUUAACACCUUCUCUUUUCUUAGAUGUUUCUAACUUUGAAAUUGAUUUAAAAGUUCAAAAGAGUAACAAUUCUGAGUUCACAUUUUAACAACUGCAUUUUUAUAACCUGCUUGAUUUCAAUGCCUCACUUGAGCAUAUUUUAAAUCAUAUUAAUGUAGCGAUGUAUUAACCUACUGUUUUGCUUUUUUCCUUUCUGUUCAUGAGAAGUACUAUAUUGAGGUUUUCUUGUGUCAGAGAGAAGCAGAGCACAUCUGGAAGCUGGUGGAGAGGACGAGCCGACUCUGACCACAGUCUUCGUUGCCGCUCUUUAAACACGGAUUCAGCAAAACGGAGUUUUUGAAACCACAAUGCCUAACAAGUGGAAUAAAACGGAGGUCCUACUGACACAAGGCAGAGGUGACAAUGGAGUACGCCAACUCAAAGGAAGACUGUGCUGCAUUCUUCUAGUGAAUGACUCAGGAGAGAGAAAGCAAAGGGGGCUUGCGAGUGAAUGCUCCGCCAUAGCAUCCCUCAAAGGCUUUCUUUAUUUUCUUGUUGAAAAUUGAAAUGAGCACAAUAAAAAAAAACAGCCUUCCUUACAAUGUCUCCAUUCCUGGAGAAAACGCUUUUUUUUCUGAGCGAAUCCGAGACUUUUCUUUUCACGUUUCAAAGAUGUGUCUUGGAUUCUCCUGAGUAAAUGUUUACAGCGCAGCUUUUCCAGAUCGUAGGAAGUAUAUAAGUCUUGAAUAGCCAUAGAUAGAUCUGGUGCCAUCUUUUGAGGCUGUAAGAUUUCUGUUUCCAUUGAAAUACAAUAGAGGGGAACUAAAUGUUGUGUGUGUGCUUCAGUGUUGGCAGGAAAGAGAACAAAGACAAGUGAGAAAUCCAUUCUGCUAACUUCAGCAGGACGUUUUUGGUUCAUAAUGGGGAACAUAAUACAAGGGUAUGCUGUAAAAUGGGAAAUUUAUGAUGGACAAGGGAGCUCACAAUAAUGUGAAUUAUUACAGCAAAUGGACAACACAUCUGCAAAUAAUUAGACUGAACUUUUAGACUUUAAUUAGACUUAAAGACACAUUUUUUUGUGUUUUUAACAUGUUCUUGUGGUAUUUUUCUGAUGAUGGCAUACAUAUAUAAAGUAAAUUCAGCUCAAAA